GUUUUAAUUUUAACCAGUACGGAGGUUCUGCCCAUUGUCCAUAAUUUAAAAUAGCCGAUUAGUGGCCAAAGCCCGGAAUCGGCCGGGAUUUAUGAACAGUAGGGUGAGAAAAAAGAGGAAAAAGUACAAUAUUUCGAGUUGAUGGUCUGACAUCCGAAGGCUAAACACGAUUCAUGUGGUACACACGGCUCGUAUCAAUCUUACAAUGUUCGGUCUUGGCCAUUUCCUAUGUGGCCAGCCUCUACUUGAGGACCACCAACCACAACAGAGAUGAUCCUGCUACAGUUAAAAAUAGAGUGGUUGCUGUCACGUUUAUGGCCAUUGUAACGCCAUUGUCAACUUACUAUUUUGUCAGCUCUUCAGAACUGUUUGCACAGUAUACACUAUGGGAAAUUUUGGGUAUAAGACUUCCUGGAUUUUUUAUGGCAGCUACUGUACCAUUGAUUCUAACCAUGAUUCUCUUCGCGGGACCUAUUGCGAUUCAAAACCAAAAUGGUCACUCGGAUUUGUACAAAGAGCCAAGUUACUGGUUUGAUAACUUGACCGAUUUGUUAUGGCUCCGAGAUUACAUAAUCGCUCCAUUUUCUGAAGAGCUAACAUUCAGAGCAUGUAUGCUACCCAUUCUCAUCCAGUGUUUUCGCCCUCAGACUGCUGUCUUUGUUUCUCCAAUAUUUUUUGGCCUUGCUCAUCUUCACCAUAUGGUUGGACGUAUAAGAUCUGGUGUAAAUUUACAUACUGCACUUCUUAUCUCAAUAUUUCAACUAUCAUAUACAACGUUAUUUGGUGCCUACUCAGCCUACUUGUUUCUCAGGACUGGACAUUUUAUUUCAGCGUUUUUAACCCAUGCUUUUUGUAAUCUCAUGGGGUUUCCUGAUUUUUCUGAAGUUCUGGCAUUAAGAGAACCUCGAAGAAGUAUAAUAAUAGCGACUUGCGUCGUAGGUUUAUUAGCUUGGUCUUCGAUGCUGGGACCGUUGACGAAUCCAUCUUGGUAUCACAACUCAUUGUACUGGAAAUCAUAUGUCUAGUGAGUAUAGCGCAGUCAUACACCUAGUAAUAUUAAAAUUCUUACUUCGAAUAAAGUACAGCAAGUUGAAAAUGUAUUAAUUUCUGUUAUGUUACUAAAGUUUUAUAAAUUGUUAUUGUGAUAAGAAGUUUUGACCCAUUGUUAUUGUCAUUAGCUAAGAACAUUCAUCUGACCAUUGUCUUGAACCAUGACUUUAUAAAAACAAUUUUUUAUUUUUAUUUUUAAAGAUAUGCUCAAUAACACAAAAAUGCAAGGGAGAGUCAAAAAUGAUGCAUUCCUUCAUUAUCCCACAGUCAGAAUAAAGUGUUUUAUUAUUUAAUUUUA